AUGAAUCCAAGACAGGGGUACAAAAAAGUCGUUACAAACGUAAUUAUGGAGGACCAGGAAGUGAUGGACGGCUGGUUCGAUGCUGCCACAGCUGGUAAUACCGAAUAUCUGGAGGAGAAUCUUGAUCUAUUGGGUGGCUCGACAACCGAGACCGGCUGCAGUGGCUUGAUUCGCGCAAUCUAUGCACAUAAGCUGGCGUCUGUGGAGAUACUUGCUGCGCGUGAGUACAAGAUACCCGACGUUUCGAACAAGUACCCAGUAGAGAUCGCGCUAAAGCUGUACUACUACGAUGCCUGCUUCAUCCUUCUAAUGCUUCACCCAGACAAAUCGUUUGAGAACAGGGUGAAGAGGCUCAAGGAGCAGCACGACUCAGACGCCAUUACUAAGAAAGAGCUGAAUGAGAGGCUCGGUGAACUGACCGAGGAAUUUGUUAUUGGGAUACGAGAUUGUACGCUGUCGCCAGGGUACGUCUCUCGCGUGCCAUCUGUUGCCUCUGAAGAUGUGUGUCUCGUUUUCGAGGAGCAGCCUGUGCAACGCCCCCUUCUAGAUACGAGCAACGACUGUGUGAAGAAGGAGACUGAAAAACAGAAAGCUCUCAAAGACGUUGAGGAUGCCAAUGGACGAGACACCGGCAAUCAGGACGUCGCUAAUAAAGGAAACCCUGAUGAAGAGGAGAGUACCCCCAGUAGCGAGGAAAAAGAAGAGAAAAAGUUGGUAGACAGUGAGCAUAGUACAGAAGACUCGGACGAAGAGGCGUCCAAGAAGGGCAAAACCCCAAGUCCAAAGAAGGGAUGCUGUCGAUGCCUGUAA